AUGGCGGCUCUGGAGACGUUGGAGGGUCUGGUUCUGGAGAGCAUCCUCUCCAAGCUCGGACCCAGGAGCGUUGCCGUCGUUGCCUGCGUCAGCAACCGUCUCCGGUCCUUUGCUGCCGACGAAACUCUGUGGCGUGCCUUCUGCUCCCAGGAUCUCGAUCUCUCUGGUCCUGUGGACCCGGACGGCAACCGCUGUGCUUCCUUCAAGGUACUCGCUCUCCUCUCCCCUUCCCCAGAUCUUGUGAUCUUUCUAGGUCAAUAUUCUCGUCGGUAGCUCGAGGAUUGCGGGAUGAUCAUUUGUACUGAUUGCUUCGGCAGCUUGCUUAUCAAAUAUGGAGGGAAUCGUUCAUCAAGUACCCGUGGCAGCUAGUGAUGAGAACCAAGAGGUGCUGGAGCAAUAUGAAGGACUGGAUGGCGGGCAAUUUUGCAGAGGCGCACGGGACUCUCCAGAAGGGUGCUUCGGAAUCUGAGAUAGAGGAGGUCGAGAAGAAUCUCGGGGUGAAACUUCCCCUGCCUACCAGGCUAUUGUACAGGUUUUGCAACGGGCAGGACACAAUGAACGGGGACGUAUCUGUGCGCGAGCGGGUUUCUCUGUUGGGCGCCAUUGGAGGUUACUGCUUUUAUGACCAUCUGGUGAACGUGCAUUUGCUACCUCUGACGAAGAUUUUGGAAGAAACGAGACAGUGUAGAAGACAGCUGGGUUUUUCCACCAGGUCGAAGCUCAUCGUUGUGGCAGUUUCAUACUUUGUUGAGAAGUUUUUUUUCCUCAACUGUGGCGACGGCCAGCUUUUUGUCGGAACCAAGAAUCUUACGGAUGGGGAGAUGCUUCCAUGCGUUCCUCAAGCUUCGAUCAGACCACCGCCAGGUGAUAGCAACGGCGUGUUGCAGGAUGCAAUGCUGCUAUGGCUGGAGGAACAUACCAGGUGCUUACAAAGUGGUCUGUUCCAACUUCGUGAGUUCCAUAAAAGGAAAAUGAUCUGCUUGUUCCCAGAAGCACCUCCAUCAUGCACUGUUGCAAUAACAAAUGGCGUAAAGGUACUAGCAAUUCAUGAAUCAGAUCUUACGACUCUGUUGCCUCCGUAGCCAUUUUGUUUUCUGAUAUACUCGUGGACUGCAUUAAAAAAAUAAAUUUAAUGGUUGAAAUGAAAUUCGCCUGUUGAAUGUUUAUUUUCUGAAAUUUUUUAAAUUCAUCAUAUUCUUAUGAGAGAUUGAAAUGAAAAAUCGUAGGAUCAUACUUCGGGGUCAUGAACGAGUUUUUUAUGUUUCAAAAAUUCUUUUCUCUCCAAUGCUUUGUAGAUUCGCUGGGAAGAAUUGCAAGGUUCAAUGUAUCAAUAAAGGAGAAGAUAUAAUUCCUACUGUUUUUUUGGCAGUCCUUUGUCUUGCUGAAUGACCAUAAUUUAACCGAUGAAAAAAAAAUGCAGACUGAUGAAUGUUCAGGCUUUUCUCUAGAUUUAUUUCGUCUGGAAGGGGAAGAGUGACUAACCUAAGAAAAGGGGAAAUUAUUGAAUAUAAAUUAUUAUAUUAGUGGUAAAUGAACUGUGCGAAGUGAACAAACUGUGGAAGAUUAAAUAUUGCAGACUUUUCUUUAGACUAUGGCCCAUCAACUUUAAGUACUGGAACACAACCAGUCCUCCGGUUCUUAAACUGAUUGUUUCUCAUAGCGACAAGUUUCAUCAUAUCUCUGAUAUCUAUGUAUGUAUGUGUGUUUAUUAACAAGUUUCAUCAUAUAUAUGUAUAAAGUUGGUUGGUGUUCGUACACGUUUCAUAUUUCUGAUAUGCGUGUAUACAUUUGUUUAUUUAUUUCAGGUUCGUGCUUCUUCCAUCCUUGUUCCAGAGCUGUGCGACCUAAAUGAUGAAGGGGGCGAUAAGUACUGGUUUGCCUAUUCUAUACGUUUGUCUCUAUCACCUGAGGGAUGCAUGCUGGAUGGGGUACUCCAUAACUCCUGCCAGCUUUAUUCACGACACUGGAUCAUCCGUGCACAGGAGAAUGUCGUAUCAGAUGUGCGUGGAGAGGCUGUAAUAGGAAAGGUACUUAAUCUUUAUUACUCACCCAAGGCAGCUCUUCACCAGAAUUCAUCAGAAACACCCCAGUUUCACUGAUUUCGCUUAUCCUUGAUGAAAAUCUUGAAGAAUAUGAAACCUAUCAUUUCUCAAGGUUUUGAUGAUCCUACAAGGGUCAUUCCAGUGGGCCUCACAUGUUUAUGAUUUGCUGUCAUAAACAUAGGUGUUCAUCAGUUUUUUCGACAUCAUUCUGCGAGAAAUAAUCUAUUGCUGGAGGAAAUAAUCUAGUGGGCUGGGUGCAAUUACGAUUUUUUUUUCUUCCUGCAGUUCCCCCUAUUGUUUCCAGAUGAGGAAGAAUUUGUAUAUGAGAGUUGCGCUUCACUGCCCAGGACUCCGGGUUCCAUCGAAGGAUCAUUCACAUUUAUCCCCGGAAGGUAAUCGACAUUAGCAUCAGAUCUUCGGUGGUUUGUGUCAUAAACUUUCUGUAACCUCUGGCUAUCAAUUCCCCUCAGAUUGACAGAUCAAAAAGGCAGGCAAUUUGAGGUGGAAGUCGCACGAUUUUCCCUUCAAGUUCCAAGCUACAUCUUCUGA